GCAUUUUACGACCCUCCAAUAGGUGAUUACGCAAACACCAGCAAACCCUCUCAGCUUUCACUGUUGACUGCUACGAUCUACCUGCCACCCUCUUUCGCACCAAUCCCUAGAGCCUCCAACCCUUGGACUUGCCAAUAGGAGAAAAUGGGCGUGUCCUCGUACCAAGGGUUGCUUAAAAGCACCACAGAUCACCCAGAGAACCAUCAGUCAACCAAGUUUUCGCAUAGAGUGAACAACAACUUCAUCCCUCGAAACGUGAAAACAAAUUAUAUAGUUGAAAAGUCUGUGAAUAUCAAACGGCUUGGUGAUAUUAGUUUUUGUGUGAAGUGUAUAAAAUAUGUUUAACAACAAUAUGGAUUUAAUGCAGCAACAACAUCAAAGGCAGCAGCAACAACAGCAUCACAGAGAGUUAUACUAUAAAGCAAACCAAUUGCAAUGCAAAAUAAAGCUACAGAACGAUGAUCUUUGGGCCAAUUUCCACAAGUUGGAAACGGAGAUGAUAAUCACAAAAUCUGGACGACGAAUGUUUCCGACUUUGAGAGUCCAGUUGGAGAACUUGGAUCCAAAUGAGCACUACUGCGUCUACGUGGAAAUGGCGACCGUCACAAAGAGUCGUUUCAAGUACUCCGCUUCAGGUGGUUGGGCUCCGGCCGGCGCUGAAGAAGCGCAGAGUCCGCACAAGAUGUACGUGCAUCCGAUAUCCCCGGCUCUUGGAAGUACUUGGAUGUCUCAGAUCAUCUCCUUCGGCCGCCUCAAGUUGACCAACUGCACGACCCCACCGGUUGGUCACAUGGUGCUAUCCUCGAUGCACAAGUAUGAGCCGAGAAUCAUUAUCGCCAAAACCUCUGAUCCGAUGUACGUGAGAUGGUCUCCGAGCACCACCGUCGCCUUCCCUCAGACGCAAUUCAUUGCGGUCACCGCGUAUCAGAACGACAGAAUCACUAAAAUGAAGAUCGACAAUAAUCCGUUCGCUAAAGGUUUCCGCGAAAACGGGCAAUCGAAAUGCAAGAGGAAGAGGAUACGUACUCCCGAAGAUGAUAAUGAUAUUACCAUAAAGAAGGUGACUACCGUGAGUGAGAUCACAGUCAAUGUCACAGACAGCGACAGCGACAGGACGAGCAGCCCGGAAUCGACGUCCACCAUGUCGCCUCCCAUCUACAACAGAUACGUGUACCCUCAGAUCCAGCAGAUCCCACAGAUCCAGCAGAUCCCACAUAUGCAGCAGAUCUCACAUAUGCCGCAGAUCUCACAGAUCCCGCCGCCACCACCUAUGGAAUACUUCAGACAAUUCCAACACGUAUAUCAGUACUAUAACAUGUACCCCGCGCGUCCGAUAGUCACAUACCCCCCCAUCCAUCCAACUUACUAUCAUCAUGCGUACAAUCUAACCGCCCCAGUCCAACCUCAUAGUCUAUCCGAAGAGAAUACAGAGACGCCGAGGAAAUUGACAGACUUUUCGAUUAGAGCCAUCACCGGACUUACAUAAAUUGCAAAUGCUAACAUACAAAGAAAUGUAUGUAGGAUUUUGUUAAAUUUUUAUGAAAAUUAUAAAGCCAAUGUUUCCUAAUGAAAAGUUAUAUUUUAUUACA